GGUGGAUGCACCAUCCCGUCGCCAGUUUCGUAUUGGCAGCUUCGGGCACAAACGUACCCGAUAAGACGGCAAGAGACUCGGUCGAGGUCUUAAUCUGUCGAGGUCUUACUGGAUGCCCAUUGCCAGCUGAAAUGUAGUUUGCGCCCGGGUGGGCGAACGAGGAGCCUCUAUUGGAGAUGAUGGCCAUAGAGUUUUCCGCCCUUCGGCACAACUGCAUGGAGCAAACAGUCUCAGAGUUGAGAGGAGAGUCGGUGGGCAUUUGUGUCGAGGUACAGAUGACUAUCGACGGGUACUAUGCGGAGAUGGAUAGUGAUAGUGCGGAAAGCGGAUCCACGGCAGGCAUGGCAUAUGCAGCUCCCUGGAUUGAGAACUACCGGUAUGCCUCGUGGCAGACAUGCAAACCACACUCAACAAGAUUGAUGGGUGGUGGGCUGGAGAGCGUCUCCAUCGCUACGAAGGGAUAUGCUUGCAUGUUGAGAUUCGGUCUAGAUCCACUACAUGUGGGUUGCAUGUCGGUCAAUCCAGACAGGACGCGCUUUAUGCAAGCGGGAGGGGAAAGGGAAUCGAUUGCACAGCCAGUAGCUCAGGAUGAACCGUCACCGCUUUACCGUUUGUCUACACGCCGGUCGCAAAUGUGUCCAGGUGCAUGGUCGACGUGGAAUGGCACGGACUGGCCGGUUUCUUCUUUCUGCAUGUCGCCUGGCAAGCAAACAUUAUGCAAUGCAUGAUUGACUUUGCGGAGGUUGUGGAGGCUGUGUCGGUCAGAGAGGAAGCGGAAUCAAUUGCAUGGGAGGCCUUGG